AUGAUGCCGAAUGUAUCGCUUCAUUAUAUCGCGUUUCUGCUGUGCAUGCUUGAGCUGAUCCAAGCAUUGGCUAUAAGUGGCCCGCUCUUGGAGACUCGCCAGUUCAAAUGCGCUUCGGGUCGACAACGACAGGCAAUUUCAGCACUCCAAGCCGCCAUCAAGCGUCAUGGGACGAGGGACAACCGUGCUCGAGGUCUUGCUGUAUACGAUUCAAGUACGCUGAUCGAUACCUUAUGGCGCGACAACCAAGACUUGGUGGAUCAAUUCCUCAAUAAUGAUUUCUUGAAACUCCAGGCGGAGGGAACAACCGAAAACACAAUAUCUUCUUAUCAGUACUAUACAGUUCAAGAUUACUACUAUCUUGUGGACUAUGUCCAGUACAAGGCGUUGCGGAUGACAACCUUUUCCGAGACUUUCCCGACAGAGCUUUUAUCAGUUUUGGCCGAGGAAACAGCAUCCAUGCAGGGCGACGUCGACUACGCGUGGUCCUUUCGCAAUGACACGCUUGCCACAACUCUAUCUGUGCCGCUUGACGUUGUUGAUGCUGGUAGAAGAGGCGUAGCUCAGCUUGCCUAUUCCGACUGGCUGCAGAAAAACCUUGACCUUGGUUGGUUCACGCUCCACGUCAUGGCAAUUCCCUGUAUAUACGGAUGGGCUAAGUUGGCAGAGCACCUGGAUAGCUCCAACACAACCAGGAAAGAUACUGUGUUCUACAAGACAUGGAUCGAGCCAAACCUUGACCCCUCUUAUGGAAAUGCACUCAUGGCCGGAGAUUUCCUUGAGGCGAACAGGGAUGUCUAUUACUCGGCCGACGCCAAUAAAACCUGGACAUCAGUGUUCCGCCAGGCCCUGCAGUUCGAGAUCAGUCUGUUCAACAGCGCCAUUGGAACAUCUCUGGAGGAUCUGGCUUGA